AUGCAUCCCGGUCCUCCUGGCCCCUACCCUUUUCCGAUCAUCGGCAACAUCUUCCAACUCGGCCACAAACCCCACCUCUCACUAGCCACCCUCUCCAAAACUUAUGGUCCAUUGAUGUCUCUUCAGCUGGGGACCAUAACCACCAUGGUCGUAUCAUCACCCAAAAUAGCCAAAGAAGUGUUGCAAAAACAUGAUCAGGUCUUCUCUGGCCGACCAGUUCCACAUGCUAUCACGGCACUUGACCACAACACGGUCUCCAUGGCGUGGUUACCGGCAGAAAAACAAUGGCGGAACCUUCGCAAAAUAUGCAAAGAGCACUUGUUUUCAUCGCAACGACUCAAUGCCAGUCAAGUCCUUCGCCGUGAAAAGGUACAGGAACUGCUUGAUUAUAUCCAUGAAUGUUGCAUCAGAAGCCAAGCCGUGGAUAUUGGUCGAGUUGCCUUCACAACCACCCUUAAUUUGAUAUCAAACACCAUUUUCUCGAUAGAUUUGGCUCACCUGCACGAUUCCAAUGGUUCUCAAGUACCCAAGGACAUUGUAUGGGGUUUGAUGGAAUAUGUUGGGAAGCCUAACCUUGCAGACUACUUCCCAGUACUUAGACUGAUUGAUCCACAGGGCAUACUGAAACAGGGACAAAUUUAUUUUGAAAAAUUGUCAGUGAUAUUUGAUGGUAUCAUCAAUCGACGGAUAGAAUCAAGAUCUUCCUCGUCUUCAAGAAGCAAUGAUCUGCUGGAAACCCUCCUGGAUCUAAGCCAAAAGAAUGAUUCUGAGUUGAGCUACAAAGACAUGAAACAUAUGUUUGUGGUCAGUACCAUUUUUCAAAUCUAA